UUCACGGUCACGCUGCGAUCGCCCCUUUGAAGUCCGAGUCCAUCCCCGUAUCCGAACCGCAACAAUCGAAGCCCCAGACAAAUACGGUUUCUCUCCGAGUCCGAUUCCAGGUAAGUACGGGAUCGAUCCAUUUUUCCCACGGUCCACGCUUGUCAAGACUUGCCUCCCGCUGCUCACGAUCGUUGUAUCUCUAUCUCUCACGCACACACACACUUGCACCACUGAUAGAAAAUUUGGAACUGGACUGAAACACGCCAAAAAGCAGGUAGUAUACGACCACACCUCGAACCCGAACGACUGCAACUAAACCAAAAAGAGAAAUAUUAUCCGGAUUCAACUUAAAGUCAAAGGAAUGUCUACAUUAACGACAAGCCCUUCUACCGCUGCCGCCGCGGGUUCGACGCCGAACGUACCUUCUCUCAAAUUGUUUGAUUUGAGUGGUAAGAAUGUACUUAUUACCGGUGCUACGAGGGGUACGUCCUUUAUGCAUAAUCUCCGUGCCUGGUUCCUUUAUUCUUUAUCAUUUCGGCUAUCGUUUUGUUGUUCCUUCUAUUACUUCCGCACCCUCAUAUUUCCGUUUCUUAUCUGAUGCACGCGCACAAGAGCCCCUCCCCCAAAAGAAAAAAAUCCAUUCGCGAAUAUGAGGACACGACUUUAGCCUGUCCUACCGGUCCUCGUUCCGGCGCAUUAGCUCGGAAUGUCACCACCCGACACCCGAAAUGUCUCCGGAAUCGCCGAAUAUCCUAUUCGGCUGGCCAUAUAUUCUCUUUCCUCCUCCGCGCGACCUGCAUCAGACAAGCAGGCGUAAAACGCGUCAACGACGCGUUUUUUUUUUUUCAGACAACUUUCAUAUCUCGGUAUCUUCCAUGGCGAUCCGGGAAUAUGCUAUUUACGGCGAGGCCAGCCUACCCAGCUCCACGUUUCGACAAUGCUUGAGCG